UCGUCGACAAGGCAAUGUAAACAAUAUGGCUUCCAAAAUUUGAUCUCUCAUCUUUCCGAACUCCGACGACUAAAAGUAGCUGAACGAAUCGCAUGUUUAUCGACUGGACAUGCCCUUAACCAACAUUUCAGUGAAGUUUUUAUGAUAUAAUUGCUGACAAGAUGUCUAUGUACAGUACCAGACCAACCACAAUAAGAAGUGGCAUUACUCUGAAACCAAAAUAUAAUGUCCAGCACUGUUCAGAUAAACAUACAGAAGAACAAAAAGAUAUAGUGAGAAAUGCUCAGGCAGAACUACAUACAAUAAUUACAGCAUUGGAAGUAGUGAAGUCAGAUCAAGAGGUUGACCGACUCAGAGAGGACUGUGUGAAGAUCAAAGAAAAAGUAGAUAAAGCUUUGUUGACCUUGAAAAUCUUGUAUAAAAUAAAUGCUGAGUUACAGUAUGCGAGAGCAGAUGUCCGGCAUGGAGAAGGGGAGCUGAUCACCAUUGCUCGUAAACGUGUAAAAUGGUUAGAGGAUCGUAUGGCCACGCUUUGUGGUAAAAAUAAGCGACAGGGUCAAACUGGACUAAGACAAUCUCAUAAAACAUACACAACAGCUGUAACGUUUCGAUCAGACAGUGAGGACUUUAGUGAACAAAGACUUCCUCCCAUUAGUCAGAGACCAGGUUAUUCAGAUGAUGAAGGUCCUAGUUCACUGUAUACACCAUCUAUCAGUGGAUCAGAAGAUUUACAAGAACUACAGAGAGGACAAAGAGGGAUGAUGGACACACCUAUGUCAGAGGCCUCAUCAGAAGUACCUACUACUACAGCUUACAAACAAACAGAGGAGGAUUCAGAUGAAUCUGAUAUAGAAUCCAGUACAAAGAAAGGAUCCAGUACUAGUUCUUCUGAGAGAAAAGAUACCAGUUCAGGACAGUCAGAAGCAGGAGACCAGUUAGGUGAACUGCCUUCUGUAUUCCAGAAGAAAGAAUUUAUACAAACAAGUUCUCCCCAACCAAUUGUUAUAACAGCUACAGUUCAGGAAGAAGAUGAGGAGGAAGAAGAGAAUGAUGAGGAGGAGGAAGAAAAAGAGGAUGAUAAACCUCAAGGUCAAGAGGAAGUACAACCUGAUAAGGUCAAAGGUCAGGAACAAGAAGCAGUUGGUGAACAAGAGGAAACACAAGAGAAAAACGGUGCUGAAAAGCAAGAAAAAACUUUCCUUACAGAAGUUUCUGCUGUCACAAACAAAAGUCGUGUAACCAUAGUAACACCCACAAGAGAAGACACACGACAAGCUUUUCUAAGAGAUGUAGAAGAAGAGGACAGAGAUGUUGUAUUGGAGUACUGGCAAUCAGAACAUCACAGGUUUGAGUACGGAGAACAUUACGAUGUUAUGUUACAGUUAGAUCCUCUGUCUUAUCAUCAGAUGCCGCUAGCUGUACCGGGUAGUUUUCUACAAAAAUAUGAGAAAGAAUUUGAAGGUCUUCCCUGGAGAAAGCUGGAAAAACAUGAAAUCGAUGUUUCAACUGUUUACAAAGGAGAUUUGGAUAAGCUGGCCAAGAGAGUAUACAGAAUGUAUGACAAAGUGUACCAGGCUACAAUGUUAUCUGUCAAACCAACCAAGGUAGAAAAUGAGAGGACCAGGUCCCAGUCACUCAUCUUUCAAAACAGAGAAAUGAUGAGCAAAGAAAGUACAAUGGUGGGUUCAACAAGGAUGCAGACAGCUGCCACUAGUUGUUUACCAAGUGAGAUAUCCAGAAUGAUGUCUGUUCAACCAGCCAUACCUAUUAAAAUGCCAAAGAGAUUACUGAAUAAUAGAAAAUCUCCUCCCAUAGUGUAUUAUCCUAAACCAAUACCACCACCAGAUGUUUUACCUUUAACUAGAACGACAAGAGGAAAGGAGUACCCUAGAUUGGUAGAGUCCUUCACAGAUCCUGAUCCUGUUAGACGUAAACCUGCUGUUCGUGUCUGUGACCAGGGUAAACUUGCACAGGAAACCAGAUUAACACUGUAUAAAGAGAAAGUCAAAGGUAGAAGGAAGGGACCCAGUACAACAGAGAAGAAAUUCAGACUAAUGUUACAACAGGAACAGAGUACUGUUAGCACACCUAAAUCUGACAGAGCCAGGUCAAGACCAUUAGUAGUGAGAAUGGAUACUAAGAUGUCUCAAGAGGAGGAAAACCAAGAUAUUGUUGAUGACGAUAGUAGCCAAGCAAGCAGUUGGAAUAAACUGAAGCCUAAGAGCCAGGAGUAUGCUGGUUUGAAAUGGGAAAGAGUAAAGACUAUCGUUCACAAUAAUCUGACUUCUAAAAGAAUAGAUGAAAGAGUUGAUGCUACAAAGCAUCUAGGUUUACUGAGAUGUGGAGAUGCUACUGUGAUAUAUGCUUUGAAAGAAAGAAUGAAAUUAGAUGAAGAACAGAGAGUUAGAUAUGAAGCUGCCAAAUCUCUUAUUCUUGUCGGAUGGUGGGAAGAGGAAGUAAUACAAGUCAUUCUGAAAUACCUGGUGAUAGGUAACACUGAGGUCAGACUAGACUUAAUCAGUACCAUGAUUGAUGAUAAAAAUGUCCAGUAUGUUAAUAAGUCAAUCAAUACAUUCCCAGAGCUUGUAAAAGUGCUGAGUCAUUUCUGCUGUAAUCCCGACCCAGACGAUCAGAUCUCAUUCGAAGCCUCUGUUUUAUUGGGAAGACUCUGUGUGUCAGAUGAAAAUGCCAGAUUUAAACUGAAACAGUCAUUAGAGUUCAGUAAUGAUACACAUGUCAAAGCAAAGUCUUUGGAGAUUUUAGUGAAGCAGUUGAAUGUAACAGACAAUGAUAUAGUCCAGAGUACACUUAAGAUGUUGAGUAAAUCCUCUGUGUGGAAACAUCGCUGUCUGGCGGCAGAACUUCUUAUUACUUUAGGCCAGAUUCAUGUUUUUGCUGAAACAAAAGAAGAAGAUGUAUACACUAUACUGGAACGAAGGCUGUGGGAUGACCCAACUGUUGAUGUAAGAUUAUCAUCAGCCAAAGCUUUGGCGGCAUUGGGCAUGUUUUCAAAGGCUUGUGAGAAAACAGAAAAGAAUCUAGAAGAUCCAGAUGAAGACACAAGGAGCCAAGCAGUUAUAUCUGUGGGUACACUUGGAAUGAAAAAUGAAAGAAUUAUAAGAAUCCUGUUAGAAAUGUUAGAAUUAGACUCCAGUGACUAUGUUAGAUUAAUGGUUGUGAGGACGUUUGUGACAUUAAAACUUAUUGACAAGAGAGUUAUGAGAGCUUUAAGAGAAAGAGAAAGAGCUGAAGGACCAUUGUCAAGAGAAUCAAAGAAAGCAAUAAAAGCAUUAGAGUCCUUGGUAUCAUUAGGGAGUCCAGUGCUUGGUAGAAAGUCAUACACACCAUCCAGGAGGGCUGGUAGUUCACAAGGACAAAAUAGACUUGUACAGAGUGUGGCAUAAAAUUUCAAUCUAUUUGUUAUGUUGAAACAUUGUAAUUUUGAAGGGUAACACUGCCAAAAAUUUCAGUUAUCCAGUAUCUUAAAUAUUUGGAAAACCUAUGGAUAUU